AUGGGCCUUAAGCUAAACAUUCGGAAGAAAAAGGUCCUCUACUGGUCUGUUCCUGCCACACCAGACUGCCUCAACUGCAAGAAUCAUGAAAUUCUCGAGUUUUACUGUAAUGAUGAUGCGGAGUGUGUGUGUGGUUCCUGUAUUGUAGCAGGGAGACAUAAAUCCCACACGUUGCUGAGCCUGGAUCAGGCACAAGCUGCAAUUAAGGUGAAAUUAGAGAGAGAAAUUGAGAAAAUUGGUGAAGUCCAGAGGACUUGUUCCAGCAAAAAGAAAGAAUUGGAGAUAUCAGAAGCUGAAAUAAAGACACAAAUCAAUGAGCUGAAAGGAAAGGUAUCAAAGAACUUCUCUGAAUGGAGGAAAAAGCUGGAUGAAGAUGAAGAAUCCACUGUGAGACUGAUCGACGAGGAGGGGCUCCAAGUUCUCUCUCAGAUUAAAAGCUGUUCUGAAGCAUUAAACAGAAAGAUGGAACAGAUUGCAUUAAUAGAUGGAGAAACCCAGAGUUUGUUACAGACCGACCCUCUCUCCACUAUUCAGGCUGCUGCUGUAGCUCUACCAGUUUCCAUUGUCUGACACUUGCUGAUCCUCAAGAGACAGAAUCUGCAAUUACUGGAGCAGCAAGGACAGGACAAGAGGUAACCAAUGCUUGAACCAAAAGAAGAGUUUCACUGCUGCAGCAGUGGUUAUUCAGUGAGAACUCAAGGCAGCUCAUUUCCAGGUCUUGCUGCAUAUGGACUCAGAUGAACUUCAGUAAUUGAGGAGUCGUGAAUUCUGCUGAACAAUGUGCAAUCAUCAGCAAACAUCCUCACUUCUGACCUUAUGAUGGAGAGAAGGUCAUUGAUGAAGUUGCUGAAGAUGAGGUUGGACCUUGGACAUUACCCUGAGUAUCACCUGUAGAGCCGUCGUUGAACUACAACUAUUAACCUCUAGCAACUACAAGCUUUGUGAUAGGUGUGACUCCAACCAGUGGAUAUUUUUCCCUGUUUAGCUUGGUCUUCUUGAUACCUCACUCAGUCUGAUGCUGCCUUGAUAUCAAGGUAUUUACUCUCAUCUCACUUCUUGAAUUCAUGGACUAAGACUGUGAUGAAGCCAGAGGUUCAGUGAUCAACACAGAAUGCAAACUGAGUGUCCAUUAGCAGCAGUAUAUUGAUCCAUGAGUGCUCUUUGAUAACACUGUUGAAGAUGCAUUUCAUCAUUUUAUUGUUGAAGAUUGAGAGGAAAUUGCUAGGCUGCUAGUUGGCCAAAUUGGAUUUGCUAUGGCUUAGCGGCAUAC